CAACUGAAACAUGAGGCGGCCUGGUGCAGCACAUUCAGUUGCCUGAGAACAUCACAAACGAGAGAUUCGGCUGGGUUCCUGGCCGAAGAAAUGAAUCCUUCUACCAAAACCACAAAACCACUGCCAUCGACGAUUGGUAUGAUAGCAAAGGAACCCCGAACGGGAGCCCAUGUCCCCAAUCCAACAACAGAUUUGCAGUCUCCAACUCCACGUUUCAAAAUCACUGCAAAUAAAUUUUUGAGGCUGCGUAAAUUUGGUUGUUGGUCUGUUCGCCGAGCUUGGCAGUUGGAUUGCAAACGUUUCAUCACCAAUCGAGGUGACAUCAUCAGUGUAGGGUUGAGUGGUCUAUCAGCCGUUACGAGCGAAAGAACCACACGGUCACGGAACUCGGAGCUAAGAAACCUAACGGCAACCAACGGAGUAAUUGGGUCAAAGGAAGAAAAUCACGAAAAACAGAAGGCCAAUCAAAUGACAAGAAGGAAACGACCGAAUCCCAGCACGUCAACCACAUACAGAACUGCCGAAUUGAAUGCACCCAACGAACCAACCAGACACAGGAGGUUGAAACCACGUGAGAUUCACAGAAGACCAAUCAAACUACACGAUGACCGUCUCCAGAACUACCAAAUACUGUUUAGAAGCUAUAUAAUCAGAGGCAGAAGAGGGGGAAUUCACCCACUCAACCCUACACUGAUGAUGUCACCUCGAUUGGUGAUGAAACGUUUGCAAUCCAACUGCCAAGCUCGGCGAACAGACCAACAACCAAACAGCGCACCCGAGCUACCUACAUUCCACAACAUUGCUGCGCAAAUAUCUGCUUCCGUAAAAGCCUAG